AUGGCGGAUACCAAAACCUCUGAUUCGGACACUUCGAAGAAGCCCGAGGCCUACCGCGAUGUCAGUCAUGGGCAGGUUACCUCGGUGCUUGUCGACGGUGACAACCCCAUUGCGGACCAUGAGAUGGAUGCCGAUGAGAGGGUGAUCGUUGCGCUGGGGUAUAAGCAGGAGUUCAAGCGCGAGUUCUCGCUGUGGACGACCUUCUGUGUCAGUUUUGCUGUCCUCGGCCUAUUACCGUCAUUCGCCAGCACUCUGUAUUAUGGUAUGGGAUACGCAGGAACGGCAGGUAUGGUGUGGGGAUGGAUUAUCGCCAUGAUAUUCAUUCAAUGUGUGGCCAUGGGCAUGGCAGAGCUAUGUUCGGCGAUGCCCACGAGCGGUGGGCUCUACUACGCCGCAGCAGUUCUGGCACCUCCCAAAUACGGACCUUUCGCCGCCUGGAUCACCGGCUGGUCCAGCUGGAUUGGACAGGUCACUGCGGCGCCGUCGGUGAACUUCUCACUGUCCGCCAUGAUUCUGGCCUGCGGAUCGAUCAAUAACCCGUCAUACGUGCCGACAAACUGGCAGGUGUUCCUGCUCACGACCUUGAUCAUGAUCCUCCACGCAGCUAUCAGCAGCAUGCCCACGAAGCGGGUCGCGCAGUUCAACUCAUGGGGGUCAACAUUCAACAUCAUCGCGCUCGCCAUAGUCCUCAUCACCAUCCCCGCCGCGGCAAAGACCAACCCGAAAUUCAAGUCCUCCCACGAAGUCUGGGGCCACAUCACCAAUCUUACCGAUUUCCCCGACGGCGUCGCCGUGCUGAUGACCUUUGUCGGCGUCAUCUGGACCAUGUCCGGCUACGACUCGCCCUUCCAUCUGAGCGAGGAGUGCUCCAACGCCAAUAUUGCCUCUCCGCGCGCAAUCGUCCUCACCUCAGGCGUCGGCGGCCUAAUGGGCUGGUUCCUGCAGCUGGUAGUCGCCUACACCGUGGUGGAUAUCGAAGCAGUCAUCAAUUCGGAUCUGGGCCAGCCAUGGGCUUCUUACCUGCUGCAGGUCCUGCACCCCAACGCCGCAAUGGCCGUGCUGGGUCUGACGAUCGUCUGCGGUUUCUCCAUGGGCCAGGGGUGCAUGGUUGCUGCGUCGCGAGUGACAUAUGCCUACGCGCGCGACGACUGCUUCCCGCUUUCGCGGUACUGGAAGCGGGUCAACUCGUACACGCAGACCCCCGUGAACGCAGUGAUAAUCAACGCCGUGCUGGGCAUUUUAAUGUGUCUGCUUAUUCUCGCAGGCGACGUUGCCAUCGGCGCGCUGUUCUCCAUUGGCGCUAUUGCGCAGUUCGUCGCCUUCGCCAUCCCCAUCUUCAUCCGCGUUUUCUUCGUCGGUAAUCGCUUCCGCAAAGGUCCCUGGCACCUCGGUCCCUUCGGGCCGUAUAUCGGUGCCGUCGGGUGUGCCUUCGUGAUGCUGAUGGUUCCGAUUUUGUGUCUGCCCAGUUCGAGGGGAAGUGACUUGACGGCGAGUGUGAUGAACUGGACGUGUCUGGUGUGGGGAGGGCCGAUGCUUGCGGUUACCAUUUGGUAUAUUGUUGAUGCGCAUCGCUGGUUCACAGGGCCCAAGGUCAAUGUGGAGCAUGCCAUUCAUAAUAUCACUGAGAUCGUGAGCGAUGAUCCUGAUGAGCAGCCGCCUCUGGAGCCGAGUCCGGGGGAUGUGAAGGCAGAUUAG